AUGGCGGCGCGGGGCCCCGAGGCGGCGGCGCUGCGGGCCCUGUACCUGUCGCGGGUCGCGGCCCGGCCCGGGCCCUGCUCCGACCCCGCCAUCGCCGCCCGGGCGCGGCGGCUGCUCCGGGGCCCGGCGGGGCUGCCGGGGCACGGCGGGGCCCUGGACGUGCGCGCCGUGGCCGAGCGGUGCCGGCGGGCGCGGGGCGAUCGCGCCUUGCGCGACCUGGUGAAGGCGCUGGAGCUGCUGGAGCUGCUCUGCCUCAACCUCCUGCUGUGCCCCUGGCGCAGGGAGAUCCGCUCGCUCAAGACAUUCACUGGUAACUUUGUCUACUACAUCCAAUCAGUGCUCCCAGAUGACACUGUCAAAGCACUCCUGGAGAAAAUAGGGUACGUUGCGACAACAGCAACAGAGUUUUCACUCGUCAAACAGAGAAACAAUGAGGAAACAAAGCAGACUGCCUUUGAAAUAUUCCUGGCAAGGAUCGAGUGCGAAACCAUCCUAGAAAUGACAAGUGAAGGAAAAGGUGGCAAUUUGGAGGAGCCCCUGCAGGAGAGAACACAAACACAGCGGCACCAGGGAGAGCAGGACAGGGAUCAGCCACCCCAGAGAGGAGACGCUGGAAACCUGGAAAAGGAGGAAAGCAGUGAGGCAUCUUUGUGCCUAGCUCCUCAGCAGAACUGCUCAGCUCCCUGCCCUCUGUCCUUUGAGGCUGCUGGGAGUGUGGAGAUGAAGGACAGGCUGGCUGAGGCAGCAGCUGCUCCAUCCACCGCCAGCCCCCCGGAACUCCCCAGGCAAGGCAUCGACAGCGUGCGGCUGCCGGGGCAGUGCUCGGACAGCGAGGACUUCCUGGUCAAAUACAGUGACAUUGUCAUUGGACAAACACCUAUUUUCAGUGAGAGUCGUUCUCCAAAGGCAUUUGAGACAGAGCCAAGAGCCAGUGUGAGUGAGGAAUGUGCCCUGGCAGUGGCUGUGGAGCCACCUGGGGCUGAGCUGGGGCCUGUGCCGCUGUCACCAGCAGCCAGCGGCCCCCCAGCCUUUGCCAUGUUUGCUGACUGCCCCUGUGACAGCUCAGCCCCUGUGCAGUUCAGAGCUCCACAGCUGCCCCCAGGAUCCAUUGAAGCAGAAAUCAAGGAUGCCAUGAACUGCGUAGACCCAGACCCUGCCGAGGGACCCGGUGAGCUGAAGUCUCUGCCCUACACGGACUUUGCCUCUGCCCAGACUGUCCCCAGGGAGGAGGAGGUUUGUGAUCUGUCUUUAACUUUCACAAAACUGCAGAUCAAGGACACUCAGGAAGAUCUGAUGUAUCCAGUGGAGGAAACUGGCCAGCCUGCAGCAGGAGCAUGUGCAAGGGCAAGUGAUAGGCACAUAAGAGAAUGUAACCACUCCAAACUCAAACACACAUACCUGGCUGAUGCUGAGCUGCACAACAGGGCAGCUGCACGUGCUGAGCCAUCCUCGGAGCAUUCCACCACUGGUUCUGAUGGCAAGAGACUGUUCAUGGAUACUGGUAAGACACACACGGCCUCUGAGGGCUUCAGGCACAUCAGGGAGCCCCCCAACCUCACCUACAUCCCACCACAGAGCAUCGAUGUUCACCCUCCACACCCAAGGAGGACCAGCACACGGGACAGAAGGGCCCUCCUGCAGCCUCAACCUGACCCUCCUGAAUCCAGUGAAGUAACUCUGGAGAACUGGAAUUCAGAACUCAGUGAAAACCAGGAGCCUUAUGUCAUUAUUGACAGGACCGACCAAGGAAUGUUAUGCCAUCACACUUGACUCUACCAGUGCUUUAUUUCUAAUCUGCCUGGGGUUUUUGCCUCUCACUUGUGGCCUUGAUCAUCUUUUCAAGGAGAUGAUUAGUUUUGUUGAAACAGUU